AUGAUUCAGCUUCUUACUCCCGAGGCGAUGCGUUCACAACCUGCAAGCGCAUCGUGCUGGACGGAUCUGGCCAACGUGUUGCUAGCACGCUGGUCCGAGGCUUCUCCGACAGGACUCACUGCGUCUUUGCAGGUUCUUCCAGUACAUUUGAUGGCGGCGCCGAAUGCACUACGCCAGGCCUUGCUGACCGCUGGUGAGGUCAAUCCCUUUGCCUUUCGCCAGCUCUCUUGGCAGCAGCUGUGUGCUGUUUUACAGGCUUGGGACACAUGCCGAGUACCCAUUCCUUUGGCACUGCGGCUGCUUUGGGUGGUGGCUGCCGAUCCUUAUGUGGUGUGCUUCAAACCCAAACAGCUCGUCAAAGCAUGCAGGCUGGCAUCCGCUGAAGACCUGCAGGAUGUAGAACUACCAGAAGAGGUAUCACCGGAUUCCUCAAGCUUAGCCCUAGAAUGGUGGGAUCGAUGGCUACGGUCGGUCCUUUCCAACGCUCUCGGCUGGCCUUUCUGUCGGGAAGCCUUGCGCCAGGCCCUUGCCUGGCAACGCUUUGCCCGGCGCCGCAGGCUGCCAAAUGAGGUGCCCGUGGCCUGUGCGGUGAAGGUGCUGCAAGCUGUUGUGCGGCAGCUUGGUUUGAGGUUGCAGAAGGCGGAGGUUCCAACAGAGCUACUCUUGGAGCUGUUGGAGUUGGAGCAGACGGGCUUGGAGGAGGAAAUCUCAAACGAGCUUACAAGGCGGAUCCAGUCUUCUCUUGGCGAUGGUCAACAACCUGUGUUGCCGAUGGCAACUGCGGUGGCUUUGGCAAAUGGUAUGACGCCCGUCCCUUGUCCACGAGGAUCACUUCUUUGGGGCGGAGUUGUUGAAUCUAUUGCUGCCCAGCUGACGUCAACACGUCAGGUGGAUGCUUUCGGCGCUUGUGAUCCGCGCCCCGAUUUGUGGGAUGCUGUUGCUCAGCUCAAAGCAGGAAGCUGGCAAGGUCUCGAGUUGAAGUUUCGCCGUCCAUUUUCCUGA